AUGCAUUCAGUCCACGAAUCGCUCUUAGGGGAUGACGCUGCCGCGCGCAAUACUGGUCGCCAGUCAACCAUCAACCGAAUUUCAAUGCUAGUUGCUCAAAGACUUUCUGUUGUUGGAAUGGAGGAGGAGGUUCGACAUGGAUCGGUCGCUGGCGCCUCUGUCAACACAUUAUGUAAUGUUAUUGGGGCAGGUGUGCUCUCUCUACCACUAGCAAUGCAUGAGGCAUCUAUUGUCGGUGGAUUUACGCUGAUGUUGUUUAUGGCGCUGCUGGGAGGUCUUGCAGCGUUUAUGGUCAUUAUGGGAUGUGAAGCAACGCAGCGGUUUUCCUUUGCUGAAGUAGUAGCGCACGCCCUGUUCCCAUCUUACACAUUCGAGGAUUUUUGUACGAAGGUGGGUAAACUGGCACUUCAUGACCUUGGUUGUGUGGGGGGUGGCGCAAUGGAAACGGAGGAACUGCAUCGCAAACACAAGGAGAGGGAGGCGGUAAGCAGACGUAAACGUCGGGCUGUGAUUGUUCUUCUUGAGCUAUUGGUGUUUAUUAACAACUAUGGAACGCUUAUCAUAUAUUCUCGGGUCAUUGGUGACUCCAUACCUCCGGUCGUGAGCAGCCUCCUGCACACCUCUGGCAUUAUUGUUACCAGAACCUUUUGGCUGGUUACGUCCGGGGUCAUUUUCUUCUUGCUCAGCUGCGUCCGGCAUAUGGACGAACUCAAGUGGACGUCUUUUCUGGGAUUUAUCACUAUAUUGUACAUAGUCGUCAUCGUUGUCGUACGUUAUGUCACCAGUCUACAAAAUCCCCCAUACCCCGAUGUGGACCCUGCCGCGCUCGAGGGAAUCAACUGGUGUAAAAUUAGUGUGAACAUACUUCGCAGCGUAUCAACAUACAGCAUUGCCUUUUCCUAUCAUAGCAACAUUCCCUACUUUUAUCGGGAGCUAAGGGACCGCAAACCCUACACGAUGCUCAAAAGCGUCUAUAUUGCGUUUCCCAUUGUUACAGUGUGCUACGCUACGACAGGUUUCUUUGGCUACUUGACAUUUGGUACGUUAGUCGCCAGUCCCGCUGCCGGUGGUGACAUUGUGCGAAAUUACCCAGCGGACGAUUUAUUGGUUAAUAUCGGGCGUUUUGGACUCUUUCUACAUUUUGCCUGUGUCUAUCCCAUUCUUUCGGUGUGCGCAAGGCGCGGUCUUCACCGAGUUAUUAUGCAUGCACUAACUUGGAACCGUCUGAGCACCCCAGACGAGGAGGACGAAACCCCACCAGCGAAUGAAACUACCAAGUACUACUCCACAGACCACAGGUAUAAAAUGUCGGGAGGCAGUGAUGAAUUGCCUUUGAGCGAUGACGCUGACAGAGAUGUUGGCUCUCCGGAAGACACCACCACUCUAGCUAUUGUUUUGGAGGCGCUCUUCAUUGUGUGCACAUCUGUGGUGCUCGCCGCUUACAUCUCCGGUAUAUCCGUUGUGAUUGACUUCCUUGGAACACUCCUCGGGACGGUUAUGAUGUUUACCGUCCCUGGCUUCACAGGUUGGUGUAUCUUAUCACGUGCGUCGCCGCUUGGUGGUUCUACUGUGGUUUCGCACACCCGCCUCUUCAUGGUUCUUACCUUCCUACUCGUGGUGAUGGGAAUUGCUUGCACAUCGCUGGGUUUGCUGUUUCUUAUCAAACAGUACGUCCUUCCUGCUUUGUAA